AUGGUUAACAGUGGGAAUGAGUCCACCGAAACGGAUUCGCUAAUGACGUUUGAUGACUAUAUAAGCAAAGAACUGCCUGAACAUCUACAGAGACUAAUCAUGGAGAGUCUGAAAGGUUCUAUUGCUUCAAAUGACGUAAGGCAGACUUCAAACAACUCAGAGUUUAAUUUUAGUAAAAACGGGAGCUUCAAAGGUCUCGAUGAUGCAAUCCAAGUUUUGCAGAUGCAAAGCGUGUUGCAUCCUUCUUCAUUGGGAUCGUUAACAACGUCCUCCAAAUUCUCUGGAUGGUCGUUUGCCCAAGGGUUUUUUGUAGGACAGCUAAGCAUAGUGUUGUUGUUCAUCUUUUUCCUAAAAUUCUUCAUAUUCAGUGAUGAGCCAUCUAAAAGUAAGAAUCCGAAACCUGCAGCCUCUGGCCACAGAUCAAAAUUCAGAGAAUAUCCUUUUAUAUCUCGCGAGUUUCUGACUUCUCUUGUUAGGAAAGGUGCUAAAGAACAUCAUGAGUUCAAUGAAGAGGCGGAAAAUGAACAUCUUCAAGAAUUGGCUCUUAUUUUAGAGAGAACCUAUUAUAAUGUCGAUGUGCACCCUGCAGAGUCGUUGGAUUGGUUUAACGUUUUGGUUGCCCAAAUAAUACAACAAUUCCGAGGGGAAGCUUGGCACAAAGACAAUAUCCUUCAUUCUUUGAAUGAUUUUAUUGGAAGGAAAUCGCCUGAUCUACCUGAUUAUUUAGAUACCAUAAAAAUAACUGAACUGGAUACAGGUGAUGAUUUCCCCAUUUUCUCGAAUUGCAGAAUACAAUAUUCGCCAAAUUCAGGUAAUAAAAAACUAGAGGCAAAAAUCGAUAUAGAUUUAAACGACCAUUUAACUCUGGGGGUAGAAACAAAACUAUUACUCAAUUAUCCAAAGCCUGGUAUUGCUGCUCUCCCUGUAAGUCUAGUAGUGUCAAUUGUGAGGUUUCAGGCGUGUUUGACCGUAUCUUUAACUAAUGCGGAGGAAUUUGCUUCUACUUCUGACGGUAGCAGUAAUGAAAACGAUAUGGAGGGCGAUUCUGGAUAUUUUCUGAUGUUUUCCUUUUCUCCUGAAUAUAGAAUGGAAUUCGAAAUCAAGUCUUUGAUUGGCUCAAGAUCCAAACUUGAGAAUAUUCCCAAGAUUAGCAGUGUUAUUGAAUAUCAAAUAAAAAAAUGGUUUGUAGAACGAUGUGUUGAACCAAGAUUCCAAUUUGUCAGGUUACCAAGUAUGUGGCCACGCAGUAAAAACACGAGGGAAGAAAAGCCUACAGAGUAA